AUGGGGAGCGCGGGGGAGGACGAGAGGGAGGCCCGGAGCGAGGCGGCAUUCACGGACUCCGCCUCCGCCGACGGGAGCAGCUCCAGCUCCGAUGCCGCGUCCACCGACGAGUGGCCGCCCGCAGCGCCGGUGCCGGCGGCGGCAGCGGCCAGGAAGCCAGGCGGGUGCGCCUCCGCCACCGACAUGGCCAGGCAGCAGCACAAGCGCAGAGCACCAUCAGAGAUGGAGAUGAUGAAGGAGCGGUUCGCGAAGCUGCUGCUCGGCGAGGACAUGUCCGGGAGCGGCAAGGGCGUCUGCACGGCGCUCGCCAUCUCCAAUGCAAUCACCAACCUCUGCGCUACCAUCUUCGGGCAGCUCUGGAGGCUUGAGCCGCUCUCGCCGGAGAAGAAGGCCAUGUGGCGGCGGGAGAUGGACUGGCUGCUCUGCGUCAGUGACCACAUCGUCGAGCUGGUCCCCAUGUGGUAG